GCGCGCGGCGCGGGCGCAGACGCGGUCAGUCGGUGGCGGCCGCCAUGGCAGGAAAGGCAUUUAGGAAAUUCCUUCCCCUCUUUGAUCGUGUCCUGGUUGAGCGAUGUGCAGCUGAGACUGUAACCAAAGGAGGCAUCAUGAUCCCAGAGAAAGCUCAAGGGAAAGUGCUACAAGCAACCGUAGUUGCCGUUGGCUCAGGAGCCAAAGGAAAGGAUUUUUACAGUUGGCCUGAUGAAUCCUUUGAAGAAAUGGAUAGCACGCUAGCUGUUCAGCAGUAUAUCCAACAAAAUAUAAGGGCAGACUGUUCCAACAUAGAUAAAAUCCUUGAACCUCCUGAAGGCCAGGAUGAAGGUGUAUGGAAGUAUGAACAUUUAAGACAAUUCUGUCUUGAGCUCAAUGGACUAGCUGUCAAGCUGCAGAGUGAAUGUCACCCAGACACAUGUACUCAGAUGACAGCCACUGAACAAUGGAUUUUCCUUUGUGCAGCUCACAAAACUCCAAAAGAGUGUCCUGCUAUAGACUACACUAGACAUACCCUUGAUGGAGCUGCAUGUCUUCUGAAUAGCAAUAAAUAUUUCCCCAGCAGGGUAAGCAUAAAGGAAUCCUCCGUAGCCAAACUAGGAUCAGUGUGCCGAAGGAUUUACAGAAUAUUUUCACAUGCUUAUUUUCAUCAUCGGCAGAUAUUUGAUGAAUAUGAAAAUGAAACCUUCUUGUGUCAUCGAUUCACCAAAUUUGUGAUGAAGUAUAAUUUGAUGUCCAAGGAUAACCUGAUUGUACCAAUUCUGGAAGAAGAAGUGCAAAAUUCAGUGGCAGGGGAGAGUGAGGCGUGAUGGGAAUGGUGGCACAGGAGCCUGUACUGAACACAUACAAACCAUUAAUUAUGUACUGUAUAUAUCAUUUUAGACACUUCAAUCACGUAUCCUCAUAGCUUUGUUUAGUGUACUUUUUUGUAUGCUGUGUGCAUUGCCUUUUAAUAUGGGAAAUACUUUAAGUUAUUCAUGAGCUGUAUAUUCAUCAAUGUGGCACUCAUGGUUUUUAAAUAAAAGUAGUAGUAUCUGUUUAUAAUGCCUGUUAAUAAAAAAAAUUUACAGUUCUCUAAAAUUGCUGCUAAACAAUCAUUGAAUCACAAUCCUGAAGAUGUGUCUGGAUGGGAAAAAAGCUUAAGAUUUCACAGCAAGCCACUUCUUAAAUGCAGUAGCUGUAUUAGUCUUAGUUCAGAGUUUAUCACCAUAUAUAAUUCUGCAAGAAGAUCCUUGCACUGUAGCUUAUUCCUAAUUUAGGUUUUAUUAAAAAAAAAAAGUGCUUUUAUUUUGAAGACUUAGUUUUGGAUGUACAUAUUCCUGUAUAGGUAUCUAAGCACUAACAGGAACUAUAGUAUUAGAAAUACCAAAAGCGUAACUUCACUAUGCUGUUGAACGUGUAUUAUUGCUAUGUCUGACACUCUUUCUGGACAUUUUUAUAACACUAGAGACUUGUGCACUCGAGAAGGGCAGCAGCUCUGUCCUUUUACGGUAUUCUCUUCUGUUCUGUUGUCCACAAUUUCUCUAAAGAGUAAGUGUGGCAGAAAAAGUCAAUGGCUUAAUCCUGUGCAUAUGUAUGGCAACUGCUUACAGAUUAUACCUCAAAUAAAUAUUCAUAUGACACUACAUAACACGCUAGUGUAGUCUUUGCUUGUAUUCCUAGCAAAAACACUCCAAAUAAUACUUGAAAAAAUGAACCUGAGUCAUUGCAGUAGUUAAUCUGUGUCACUUAUCUUUCAUCCAUUCACCUGAAUUAUGCUUUUCAAGAUACAAAAAAAAAAAGGGAUGGAUUUGUACUUCUGUUCCCCUUGAAAGGUUUAUUUCUGUUUGCAGAUUUGCAAUAACUGACAAUUUCCAUGAGUGCUGCUUAAUUAUAUGUCUAAAAUGAUAAAUGUUUUACUUAGAGCAGACAUACUGCUAAGUGUGGAUGAAUGCAGGGUCUAAAAGCACUAGCAAUGUUCUUAUGUAAAAUGAUUUUUUCUUAGCUGUUUAAAACUCUAAAAGGUUAGCCGGGCUCUUUCUGAGAGGUUGCUGGGGCCCUCUUACCUGUUUAAUUGACCAAUGAAGCUAGGUUCUGCAAGCUACACCUUGUCUCAGGAUUAUCUGCGAAAAAGGAAGUCCACCUAUUUUUAAGGAAUCUUUUUUUUUCCUCAUAUACUGAACAUGCCUUAAUUUUGUUUUUAAAGCAAAUCAAACACACCUCAAGCAACUGUAUCACCUGGAUGAACAGGGAAUCUAAGCAAUGAGAGAACAGAGACUAGGCUUACAACCUAUUCAAACAGCUGUACUCUGCAGCAGCUUUAUUUCAUGUUCACCAUGAUACUAAUUGUAAAUGGGAUAGUUGCAUGAAGUGAAAGUAGCUUUAAUUAUUGUUUAUGCACUUAGUUAUGAUUUACCUUGUAUAGAC